UUGAGAUAUCCCAACUUUCUAAUUCCUCCCAUACGGAGAACUGGUAGUUAAACUAUCGGAUCUUUUGCUGAAGGAGGUUCGGAGAAACCUCCGGGGGCCCGCUCACCGACUUCCUAAUCAAGCAAGCAUCUAUAUUUCCCCCCAUGAUGCAUUCGAAGAUCCCAGAGACGUCUUCGCAGCGAUCGGCAGGAUACUCGAUCUCACAUCCAUCAACCGUCGCAAAUUUAUUAGGCCCGGAUCCAGCUCAGUAAUCCCGCGCACACUCAGGAUGGAUAUUGUAUAGGAUCAAGCCAUUUUUCUACUGCGAUUAAUCCUGUUGCCCUUCCGAUCCACUUUCCCGGACUAGACAGCGCCGAACGCGAAUAUUAUUAUUAUUAUUAUCAGACCUCGAAUACCGGAAUCCAUUGCCACGCCAGAUACAACAGUCGUAGCCCUGAAAUGACCAUCACAACAAGGCGGCUCCACAAAGCUGCUCGGAUCAUCCUCAUCGGUGCACCCGGGGUCGGAAAAGGAACCCAAACCGAACGACUCCUCACCAGAUUCCCAGAGCUAGCUUCGAUAAGCUCUGGAGACCUGUUGCGAGAGAAUGUUCGAAAUAAGACUCCCUUAGGCUUGAAAGCAGAAGCCACAAUCCAAGCCGGAAACCUCGUCCCCGAUUCCAUGAUUCUUGACCUCAUCUCCUCCGAAUUCAAGUCCAAGGGCUGGCUCUCGUCAGCGCCAACCUCCUCAAUAUCCCCCUCCGCUUCCUUCAUCCUCGAUGGCUUCCCGCGCACCGCUACGCAGGCCUUGAGCCUGGACUCUCUCGUGCCUAUAAACUUCGUCGUUCACCUAGUCACCCCACCGUCUAUCAUCUUGUCUCGAAUCUCAUCGCGCUGGGUCCAUGAACCGUCCGGGAGAGUGUAUAAUACAGAGUUCAACGCGCCCAAAGUCCCCGGGAGGGACGAUGUCACCGGGGAACCUCUGACCCAACGAGAAGACGACUCCAUAGAAACGUGGAAGCAACGGCUUUCAAAAUUCGAAGAAACGAGCAGGGCUCUGCUUGACCAUUAUCAGAGCAAGGGCUGUUUAUGGCGCGUGGAAGGCAACUCGAGUGAUGAAAUCUCCCCGAAGCUUUUUGCCAAGAUUGAGAAGAAGUUCUGCUAAGCAGGCUAUUGUACCUUGAUAGAUGAGACACACCGCGGUCGGGUAUCUAUCUCUUUGUAUUCUAUUAUACGUCGUUGUUAGCGUGCUGUGAAUUGUUGCCGGUAUUUCAGUCCUUUUUUUUCCCCUCAUGAAGACUGAGAAUGAGUGCCUAGAGGAUAUAUAUGUAAUAUAUAUAUACUUAAUGAUUAGGUUAAUGAGUUCCAAACCUAUUCAGUACAACCUGCUCACCAUAUCUAAGUAUAUAUAAAGAGGUAUAGAGCCCAUGCAUAGGGAUAUCAAACAUACAGUCAUAAAGACAGAACAGGAAGAUAUAUCCACCAAAACAAGACCUAUCGCUUUGUAUCUUUCCCAUUAGUACUCGUCUGGCCUUCUUCCAUCCCCAUUCCCAUCCUCGUCUUAUACUGUCUCGGAGUUUCAAACCCCGUAUUACUCCGGAACCCCUUCCACAUACCCAAUC